AUGUAUGAUGGCUACGAUCACAGCGGAGAUUAUUACCACUCGACCUUUGUUGAUAAUGUUCUAGUUGGCCUGAUCGGGAUACGAGUCCAGUCUGGUGAAACAGUAGUGGUCGAUCCCUUGACUCCUUUAAAAUGGGUUUAUUUUGCAGUUGAGAAUGUGGCGUACAACGGCCACUCUAUAACUGCCUUAUGGGACAGAACAGGUUCAGUCUACGACCGAGACGAAGGCUUGAAAGUUUACGUUGAUGGUCAGCUUGCUGGGAGUCGCGAAACAAUCGGUCUUAUAAAGAUCAAGGUCGGUCCAUCUGUUCCAACACCAGUUUCCCCCCAAACGAACAUAGUAGCAAAUGGCCAGCGAGAUCCUCGACUUCCCCUCGCUUUUGCCUCAUACACGUCUCCAGCGGAUCAUCCUAUGCAGGCCAUGAACGGAAUGAUCUUCAGAAUAGGGAUUCCAUGA